AUGGCAUUGUUCUUUGAUACUUUUUCCAUACCUCAUACACAAGAUUCUCUUCAAAUCAUACAGUACAGUGGGCCUCCAAAGCCCAAGCAAACCUCUCGUCGUAACCCCUCAAAGGCCCCGUCAAGCAAAGACAGUCCAAAAUCGAACACUGAACUGGGCAAUAAAGAAGAUUUUGUACCCACGUCAGAUAGAGUCGAAGUCGUUGAUUUGACAUGCUUAGCUGGAGAAGGCAGCAGCGAAAUAAGCAGUAGCGGAGGUGGAGGAGAUGGCGAUGAUGGCAGUAACGACGGUUUGUUGCUCCAGAACGAAUGGGAAGGCGUGGAAUUGAAGCAAACCGUCUCGAAGCGAAGCUCUCGAAAAGACACAGAGGAUGAGAACUCAAAUCAGCCGGCUCCUUCUGAUAAUAGCAGCCAAGGAAAUGCGGUCGUCAUCGAAGAUAGCCAGUCCGGCUCAGAUACAGACGAGAACGACUCGCACGAAAAUGACGCAGGCAGACCUCCCACGAUCGAAAACACGAGCAGUAGCAGCAGCAGCAGUGAUACCGACGACGAUCACAAUGAUGACCGCAGUAAUCAGACUGCGUGGCUGACCCGCAAGCGGAAACGCUUCCAGCCAACCAAGCAGCACAUUCUAUCGUCAAACACGACAUCAAGGCAGCGUCUUAAGCACAAUGUGCGCUCAGCGAAGCAACGAAGGCUAUCCCCCUCCGGCGGCAGGCCGUUCUCCAACCGUCCUUUGGCCCUGAAACCUCUUUCGGCGCCACCGUACAGCGGAUACGAUGCCAAAAUCUGCUACAGCGAUGACAGCAGCGAUGACAGCAGCGAAAAUCGCGUUCGCCAUCUCGAAAGCAUCAAGCGACCAAUGUCGACUGUAAGCCCUUGUCGCUCGCGCAAGCAUAAGCGGAAGCGCAGUCAAGACACUGCGGACGAAGACGACGAAUAUGAGGUAGAGAAGAUCCUCAAUGCCCGUCUCCAUUGCAGAAAGCUACAGUACCAUGUCAAAUGGCUAGAAUAUGAGGAGGAUCCGGAGUGGUACGAUGCGUCUAAUUUCAAGAAUAGCCCGCACAGACUCCAGAGUUUUCAUGCGGCCAAUCCUUUACACCCAGGCCCUCCAAGAAGGUUGGAGAUGUGGGUACAGUGCUGGGAGGAGGACAGAGAUGCGGGCAAUCAUCCUGAUGAUAAUAAGCCUGAAGGACCGAACAAGUAG